GGCGCCCGCCAUUUUCCCUGGCCCAUUGCGUAAACGGCAGCUUCUGGUGGAUGGUCAGGGCAUGUCCGUAUUUUACCGUAGUCCGAGCGUCGGGACUCGGGCAACUCGGGGUCGCAAUGCGCACCAGCCUUUGCACCAGUCGUGGUCCGGAAUCAUGAAUCACCUGUCUUUGUGGGGCAUGAAGAAAGUGGUUCCUUGGUUUUGGAACAACAAAUUGGAACCAAUGGAACCUUUUCCGAUUAACGACCUUCCAGAAACGGUUGUCGAGCACAUUUUGGCCUUUGUGUCACCAAACGAUCUUAUUCAAAACUGCCGACUCACAUGCAAGUGGUUUCGAAACAUAGUUGACAGCAAUGGCUUUUGGAAGGCGAAAUGCGAACGAGAAAAGCGGACAGUUCCAAACUUCCGUUUCGAAGAAUUACCGCCACGGUUGUACCAGCUCAUUUGCAUCUACGAUCCGUAUGGAAGCAAUCUCUUGAAGAACAGUCACGGUGAUUUGAAGUCUACAUCCAGUGCUCGCGUUGUUGGUUUUCCUCACUGGGAAAUUGUUGCCAAUGGAGGAAAUGGUUGGACAGUUGAAUGCCCUCCGGCUGGAGCUGAUGCCUUGCCACUGGAAAAUCAACACUGCUUUGCCACCUCUUAUGACACCUGCAGAAAGCAGCAAGUCAUUGAACUAGCAAAGGCUGGUGUUCUGCCAGAAGUAUUGGACAAACUCUGUCCAUCAAUAGAGGUUUCUGAAUGGUACGCAGCGAGGUUUGACUGUGGCAGCAUUUAUGAACUGUAUGUAGACCUACUGAAUGCAGAGGGAACUCCUAUAGCUUCAUUCAACACUGGUGUCAUAGAAACUCAACAGUGGGUUGGUCGUGAAUGGAACCAGGUAAAAUAUACAUUUCGACAUUACCCUGCUGGAGUGAGGUUCCUAAAGUUUGUGCACAGUGGAAGAGACACUCAAUUUUGGGCAGGCCACUACGGCUCCAAGAUGGCUGGCGGAGCUGUUCGUAUCAUCUUCGAGUGAAUGAUGGAGGAGAAAAUACGUAAUUUGUGAUGAACGUGAUAGUGAGACUAUAGUAAAUAAUUGCUCUACUUCUAGAAUGAAUAUUUUGAAUAAUUUAUUAAAUUUUUUUUCCCAAAAUGCACCGUUAUGUCCAACAAAGUUAAAAGUGCAUGUCACCACACGUGUAUGAUGAUUGCAUGUCCUGUUGCACUGUUUGUGCCUGGAAUGUACAAGUGACACAGAUGUUGUGGCACACACAAGGGUGUUUUUUUUCACCUAACGUGUUAAAAACUAAUACCAAAUAUCUACUACUCUGAAAAUUAUGGGGUAAAUACUGUUUAUCUGAAAGUGGGGGGGGGGGGCUGCUGAAAAAAGUAAAAGUGAAAUCCGUCAUUGCGAUGCAUGCCAAUUGUCGGCUUCACAUCAGCGAAGGAAGGAAUGCAAGGAGGCCUUGGCAAACAACAAACAAACAAUGUUAUUGUAAGAUGACGAUGAUGAUGUGAGAUGAGGCUAUGGCCUCACUUAUGGUGGCCUUCUCUUUUCCUUUCCUACCUGCCUGCUGAUAACGGCAGCAUGGUUCCAACAUGAAGAUAUCUGAAGCAAACGUGAGAAGGACACAGGAAGAGGAGAGCACCAUUUUCUUCCACUGCAUCUUGCAUUAACUUUGUGGGAAUCCUACUGCCCUCCAAGGGUAGGCGAGACCCUAUCACCAGGACCACCGCCGGUUUCCCGGCCAAAGAGGUGCAACGCAAGAAAUGCACCGCAAACAACAGUUUAUUACAUACCGAAAGAAUUCCCCGUUCCACACCGUCUAGCCGGCAAGCAGGAAAAAGCCCCCUUUCUCGGCGCUUUUUAAGCACUUUGAGGACGCUCGCUUCGCGCCACAAAACAAGUCCAGACAACAAGACAUGCCCCUGUACGACGUCAGUGGCGAACAUACCUAGAAAACGAUAAGUUAUCACAACAUUUCCCCACAUCUUAGAGAAUCGAGUUUAGCCAACAAUUUGCAUGCCUCAAAAUGACUGUUUUUGCAAUUUUUUUUCAGCUGUUACCAUCGUAGUAAGGAAUUAUUUUGCAAUGGAAUCGAAUAAAUCGGACAUGGGCAUUUGUUUCUGUAAAAACAAAACGUGGGGUUGACUUGGCAAAUUUCGGAGUUCAGUUGAGAAAGUUCAAUUUCUCGCAACUUAAAAUAGUUAAAAGUGCUCAGAAGUAACGGCAAAAUCUCCUCCGAGAUAAAUGGUGUUCUGAAAAAUACUUUGUUCUUAUUUCAGAUAGGUUUUUUAAAUAUUUUUUAACACAUUAGGUGAAACACCCCUUGGUUGGGAUUACUUUUUAGGAUAGUCCCCCACAUUUAUUCUCCCACCACGAAUCUCCACCCAUGGUCUGCCAUCAAUAUGUUGUAGAUUACAUGGUGGUGGCAUUAUGUGCAAAAUGGCCAAUAUUAUCGCUUAUGAUAUCAUUAUUACCAUUAUCGUAUCAUUAUUAUCCACAAACAGCAGAAGUGAUUUGUUUGGAUAUUAAGUCUUCGUUUGCUUGGUACCUCUCUACCCCUACAUGGACACUUUUGAUGCAGGACAUGUUUUUGGAGAGGGUGAUCUUGUGAAUAACGCAGUACCAUCAUCAGAGACACUUCUAUGGAAGUGCAGAAAUCUCAAGUUGCUCUUUUUACGAGUGUCCCAUGAAAGCAGUAAAACACUGCCAAUUUUAGCUCCACGUAGCCCGGCUUUGAAUACGUAGAUCCCACUGUGUUUUGAUUGGAUGCGACCCACCUCAUGCAUAAUUUGGCAGCCAAUGAUUCAUAUGAUCUUUAUUUGAAUACAUGUAGCACCUUGCGGUGGUAUCACAUAGCAGGGUUUAACAACGGACAUCUACAGAAUGUUUAACGCAAAUAUACAGCAUUUGAGAAAAGGGAACACACACUUUCACAAUCCCUACAGCAAUUAACGGGAAGAGCGCAUCCCAUUACCGGAUAACAAUCUCCACUGACAUGUUCGGUUCAAGUACUCAUUUCCUAAACUCGAAAUAUCUCGAAAUAUCUAGGCAAGAAAUAUGCACUUUUUAAACUCUGUCUACUUAGACAGUCAUAUUUAUUGUACAUAUAAAGUGUACUGCUUUAUUUUGAAGUGACCCAAGUUGUUCGACAAGGUAUCUGUAAUAAGGGUUUCGAAUUACUAAAGCACAGCUGUUUCGUAGUAGUUGUUUCAUUAAACUGUGAUGGAGAUUCAGAUUAUGGAGCUUAUUAAUGAAGCAACAAUGAUUAUGAAGGACUUGUUAUUGUUUUGUUAUUACGAAUGCCACGUUUCAGCAUUGUAGCAUCCAAAGCAUCUGGUGUCGGCUGUCACAAUCAUGCCUCUGCUCAGUUUUCAAUAUUCAACACUAUUUAUAUUAAACAUUCAAUCGCAAUCUAUUAAUUAAAAAAAAAUUAAAAAUGUGUACUUCCAGCUGCUACAGUAUUCGCCUCGAGAUCGAACAGCGUCGCCACCAUGCGGCUGCUCCGUGAACUGCCUUUAGUGGGGAUGCGCGGCAUGAGCCGGUGCUUUCGCUGUGGUCAUCGUGUUUGAAAACGUCCUUGGAAGGCUCAAUUUCUGGACAUUUGAGUUUUUAAAAUCGCUUCAAAAUGAGUGAAAAUGACAUAGUGGAAAACUUUUUCGAACUUGUCUAGUCUCAGCACCAGCGUGCUUAGCAGGGAAGUAAACUACAGAACGUGCAUAUGUUCCAGUAUGCGGGUUCCACUCGUCCUUUGUUAUAUUAUAUUUGUCACUGCGGUUCGGUGUGUCAAACAAAAUGUACCAAGAGCUAAGGUCAAUGUUGUAACAGUUUUUUUAUCAUAAGUAUAAAACUAUAUCACAGUUAUUUAUAGAAUGAUUUCUGUGCUAGCAGUUCUAAGUUACUUCAUAAUGCUCAGUUAGGAUACUCUGCACGUGCUAAACACAAGUUGUAUCGAAUGUAUUAAUAUAUGGAAUAUAUGAAUGCAUGAAUAUAUAUAUUUAUGACACGGGUGUUUUUAAAUGUGUGAAUUUCAAACUUUCAUCUCGUUUUAUCUGACCGUAUGACAGACUAGACUUUUAUCUUUCACAUACGUAAUCAUUGGAACGCACGCAUUCAAAGUAAAAUCUAUCACCACCCCUGAACGUAAUAUGUAAAACACGCGUGUUUUUGGGGGGUAUGAAGCACGUGUGCAACAGCGUGUUUCAGAAUAUAUACCUGCCGCUGGAAUCAAAAACUUAGUUUAUAUGUAGUUAUUACCUGACCGGUAGCACCCCACACAAAGCCAAGUCCACCACACAGGUGUGGUCAUCUCGUAACAUAUUUGCACCAUUAAGUGAAUGCCUGCCCAGGAGACGAAUCAAACCUCGAACCUCACCCGUACUCGCACGACACAAAACUGCAAAAAUUGUAGCGAAGGGCUUCAAUGCUUACUGGGCUAUUCUUUCCUUAUGUUUCCUUAUGUUACAUUCUUGUACAUUUAGAUUCAUUGUUAUUGUUGAUUAGUACAUUGUACAUUUAGAUCACCGGAGACAGGAAUUUCGAGUGAGUGUUUUCUUAAUCCUUGUAGUCUCGACGUAAGAUAAAAAAGUACAGGGAAAGACAGCAUUACACAAGCGACGAAUAAAUAUUCGAGCGAUAGCAGCAAAAGACUAAAAAAACAAAAUCACGCUUGGAACAAAGGAGGCAGUGUUUCCCUUCAAAAGCACGCAGGAUAUUUUCUUUUCACAACUUCGCGACUUGAGCGUUUCGCAGUGCAGCAAUAUUUGUCAACUUUCACACCUUAUCAGCGUUGUAAGUAUCGCAUUUCAACACAUCCGCAAUAUGUGAGGCACUGACAGCGGCAUUUCAUCCAGAAACACUGUGAUAUCUGCGUAGAAAAGCCAGAGCCUGCUGCGUACGAUCAUGCCUUAUCCCCACUAGGGCAUCCGCCGCAGCGCCACCUACAGUUCGAUCUCGAGGCGAAUAGGUGCUAGACCUUUUUCACACACGCGUCGUAUCCUAGCGGCGCUCCAACGAACCAUGCUCGGCGCACGUGCGCACGUCAAAUGUGGAUAGCACAAAAAGACCAAAACCGGUCGGGAGCGGGGCCGACAAGGUCGCGCCAUUCGUGCGGUCUCCCCACUUCUGUCGUCCCCAUAGUACGCAAUGCAGUGAAGACGGAGAUAAUCCUCUCCGGCGCCUCAAGGUCAUACGCAUGCGCAUAGGCCAUUGUGAAAAAGGUCCAUAGAAAAUGUGGACAGAGAAGACACAUAUUCCAUGCCUUAGAGGAAUGCUUUAUAUGCCAUUCCAAGAUUUGGCAUCAUUGCACUGUGGUUUCUCAGCUAAAAAACGUGUGCUAUGUAUGUAUGUAAUUUUGCUCUAUGUGGAGUACCUUGUAACUUGCUGUGAAAACUACCAUUUUCAGUCUCUUCAUGUCCAAGAUAGCUUGGCUUUCUCUUUUCAUCAGUGAGAAAUCCUUUGCAUGUGAUUAAUUCCAUGUCGGUACCACAGGAUUAAACAAAACGCUAACAUAAAAUAACGACACAGAAAUAAGCAUCGAAUGUUGUGUAAAAUACGAUACAUCAAAAUUUUUAUCGGCGCUUUUGCCUGAAGUGCUUUUAUGUUUGUACAAAUGCACAUAAAAAUGUUCCGGACUACACGUCUUCGAUUUUUUGUAAAUUUUUUAGAUUCAGGAAGUGACCCACUUUUAUUUUUAUGGUAAUUCAGUUUUUUAAACGUGCUACCCAAUUUUUGAACGCCAGUGGUGGAACUAUGGAACUAUACCCAUUUAUUUAUGUUUACAUUCAUAGAGAUAUAAGAAAAUCAACUUAUGAACUAGUGAACUAUGAAACGUAAGGCGAAAUAUUGGUUUCCCUCACUCUCAAUGCAUCAGAGACAGUAUAGAACAUCAAACCCUUGGUACAAGCAUAUAUAUUUUAAUAUUAAUGCAAUAAAAAUUAUUUUUUGGUGUA